AUGGAUAUGUUGGAUGAUGAAGAUGACCAAAGCUUUCACGCUACGCGUGACGGCUACUCCCAUUUGAGCGAUGUCGAAUGGGAUGCGGUUGAACGAAUGGGUUCGACCAUGGGCAUCCAUGCUGUUAGCGUCAUGCUAGAGGCUCUCAAUAGAGAUGCCCAACAUGUUACUAUCGCCAAGUUCAUUCAAAAUGAACUUGACGCAGAACGCGAGAAAGUAGCCUUGCUUCACCAACAAGGUUCUCAACAAGCAGAGUUGUUGAGAGAACAAGGUGCUCAACAGUUUGAACUGUUGAGACAGCAGCAGGCUGCUGCUGGCGGGUCGAUGCACUCGCGUCGGCCCGAGACUUUAAAGAUUGACAUCUCAAAGGCGCGUCGCAUCGACGACGGGGAUAUGCAAGUUGCAUUUGCCCAGUCAAAUCUGGCAGGACGUGCCAAGACUUGGGCACUGGGGCUCAAGCUGCACGACCCAUAUGCGUUUGGGUCGUUGGAAGUCUUCAAGUCGCGGCUCAGACAAACGUUUGAACCGCCUAGAGCUGAGUUCAGAGCUCGAACCGAAUUCUUGAAGCUCAAGCAGGGUAAGCGUGAUGUGCACGCUUACGCUCAACAUAUACGACAUCUCACGAGUUGUAUAAGUUCCAAUCCGGUGGAUGAACACACGUUGGUUUCGGUGUUCAUGCAGGGUCUUGCGGAUGGUCCCGUCAAGACUCACCUGUUCCGGCUUGAACUAGAUUCACUAGAACAAGCCAUUUCCAAUUGCGGAGCAGGAAGACUUCAGUCUGAGACAGGCUCGCGCCAGCUCGACAUCAUAUCGUCAACCGAGACGAUAUGA